UCGAAAUAAACAAAUCCAAACAGCUUCGUUGUCGAGUCACAGUGCUUGAAGCCAUUCGGCAUGGGCCUAGUCGAGUUGCCUUUCGACAUUCUGUUCAUCAUUUGCAAGUACAUUGAUGUGAAAAGUAUAGUUCACUUAAGCACUGUGUGCAUUGCAUGUGAGUAGUGUGCUACCUAGCCUUACAAUUUCCCUUUCCCCUCUUAGGUAUCGAGGAUAUUGCUCGCAAAAAUCGAAAGCAGCCGUCAGAUAUGGUUGGACGCAGCCAAAAGCAUGAUUCAAAUGGAAUGCAUUGCUCCCCACAGCAUUAGCUUGGAAACUAUGGAUUGUGCCGCCAUCCGCCAGUUUGCCACACGCCCUUUUAGGCUCUGUGCCGCCCUAUUUAAUGAGGAAAGCCCCGAGUCCCGAGAGGUGCAGUUUGAGCUGGACUACGGAGAGCCUCCUGCUCAUAGAGGAUGGGCGUGGAAGCAUCAGUCCCCGAUCCUGCUACCUGGCGGUCGGUGGCUUAUCAAUUACGCCUUUGACUCCGAGGAUGUCCACAUGUUUUGUUGGGAUUUGUCGACGUUGCUUUUUGAAGAACCUGUUUUGGAGCCUGCAGCUAAAAUACAACUCGACACCUUUGGAUGGGAAAUCGUGUCAUGGACCGCCCAGUCAUUUCCGGAAACGAACAGUUAUAUGAUACUUCUGGUGAAAGUUGCCGAGGAUCCAAAUGGUAUUCGAUCCUUUUUAUUGUGGGAAAUUAUAGAGCUUACUUGGUGUGCGUCCCCGUACACUGCUCCAAAAUUCUCCAACUUGGCACGAUGCGAGAGGAUUCCCCCUGUCGCUGCGGACGAUUUUCUGGCGGAACAGAGCAGCCUAUUCGGGGAGUACGUGCUUUGUGUCACCCCAAGACUGGUAUACGUCUGGAAUUGGAGAAUCAAUCAAUGGGGUGCUAUUGACACAGUCGGGCAAGAGGUCAUGGACUUUGAUGAGAACACUGGAAACUCGGACGGCUGGAUCCAGAACGAAUCAGUUUUUGUCCUUAUGAAGAAGGCUGCGGGAAUACUUGUCUUCCCAUUACCACCUUUAAAUAGCAUCGAUGAACCACCGGUGGUUCAUUCCCUCUCCUCACAAGUCCAUUCCUUCCCCGUCCUGUUCGAUGAUCCGCUCUACUCUAGCCACAGUGUCGUCGGUCUCUGCAGGCCCCCGUCUGGUCAGAUACAUCAGGUUCGCGUACAUACACGCCGUGACAACGCUGGGGGCCGAGCCUCGUUAUUCGUCGAUGCUAUUGCAGGGUCAGAUGAAAAUGAACUUCCAUCACCCCGCAUCCUUGCAGGUGGGGUUUUCCCACUUCAUUCCAACUCUCAUGCACAACACCUCUUCGCUGAUACCUUCAUUACCGCUUCCAUCAAACUCGAGCAUUCCCCCGAUGGCGCAUUUCUGCCUAUUAGGAUUUACUCCCGAUCGCAAUUUAGAAUUACGCACACUUCUUUGCAAACCAGUAUUUUGUGCAACAGAAGGCAUGAAGCACGUUUCAAUAGUGCACCGUGUGCGCUUUCUGGUACCUUCAUGAUUAACGAACGGUACACGGAGUUGCCUCGCCAGCCUUGGCAGGCUGCUUUCAGUCUCUUGAAAUUUGACUAGAAAUGUAAGUAUAUCGAUGGGAUCACCAGCCCCUCAAUUAUAAUAGGGAUUCUUUGGUUUGGAAUUCCUUCGGCUGUGACUACCGUACCUUUAGGGGCUUAACUUAUCCGCUUUUGACUGUUC